UUCGUCUUCUUCGCGUUUUAACUUCGUGCUGGGUCGCUGUCUGAAAACAUUUCGACGAGAACCCUGUGAAGGCGCUGAUUGACCCUCCUUCGCCGCCCCCUUCUGAAAUUCCUCCCUGGAAUUCCAUACUAUCUCCGGCGGCAGGAGGAGAAAAGCCCAAUUUCUCUGCUCUCCACACUCAUUUUCGUCAAUCCAAGCAUGGUAGUUCGACCUUUCCCUUAUUGCGGGGGCGUACCUCAGCAAUCUAGCAAUCAUUGCCAUCUACGAGGGGACGCGCUGCUUCCGACAAGACCGAGAGAUUUGAGAAGAUCGUGCAUCAAAAGGGCUGAAGUACGCCCUACUGAUUCCUGGAAUCAUUCGGAAUUCCGGGUGUUCGCGCUCUCCGAUUUGCACACCGAUUACCGCGAGAACAUGAAAUGGGUCGAGUGCUUGUCUGCCAGCAAGCAUCGGAAAGAUGUUCUUAUCGUGGCCGGCGAUGUAGCGGAGACGUACCAGAAUUUCUACUUGACCAUGGCGCUUUUGAAGGAGAAAUUCGGGCAUGUUUUCUUUACACCGGGGAAUCAUGAUCUCUGGUGCCGGCGGGAAGGAGAGGGUUAUCAUGAUUCUCUUGAAAAGCUGAAUAAAUUGCUUGGUGCUUGUAGAGGGCUUGGAGUGGAGACCCAGCCUCUGGUCAUUAAUGGGCUUGGAAUCAUUCCUCUGCUCUCAUGGUAUCAUGAGAGUUUCGACAAAGAAAUCAACAUUACUGGCUACAGAAUUCCACCCCUGGAGAUGGUGAUUUACUUUCUCUUCUCCUAGCAUGCAAAGACUACCAUGCAUGUAAAUGGCCAGAGGAGCUCUCCAGGAGAGACGAGUCCCUGUCUCUACAUUUUGAUGCAAUGAACCAGGGAAAUGAGGAGAAAAUCAAGAUGAUUCAGACCACUUGUAGCCAUAUGAUCACGUUCUCUCACUUUGUUCCUAGGCAAGAGCUAUGUCCAGAGAAGAGAAUGCUUUUCUAUCCGAAUCUCCCCAAAGUCAUCGGCUCAGAUAGCCUGGAAGACCGGAUCAGGUCAAUCCAUGGAACUGAGGGGAGCCAAUACGCAUGCCAUGUGUUUGGUCAUACACAUUUUGUUUGGGACGCCACGCUUGAUGGUAUCAGGUACGUUCAGUCGCCACUGGCUUACCCAAGAGAAAGGAAAAGGAGGAUGAACGGAGGCGAGAGCUGGUUGCCCUUCUGUAUAUAUGCCGAUGGCGAAUUUACUGAUCAGUUGUCGCCUUGUUUUUGGUCGGAUUAUUACGCUGCCAACCCGAGGACACCUCAUGACACCCAACUCGCGCCUUGGGUUGCCAGGUUUUACAAGCAGACGACCAUAGCUAGCUGAUGAUUCAUUCCUCCACCGUCCCAGGUUCAUCCCAGAAACCUGCUGAUUUGUUGUGUAAACCAAAAAUGCUAUAAUUGGUGGACGAAUAAUUCUUUUGUAAUUCAUAUGCUGUUGUAAAUGAGAAGAAAACAAAGAUGACACAUUUUAUUUCCAUCACAAGAUUGAACAAAGACACAUGACAAUGACAUUGACAAUGAAGAGAAC